AUGAACAAGCAAAUAUUUUUCCUGGUUGUCCUGACCAUUCUCGUCCUAGUUAUCUCCCCGAUUAAUGCUACGGCUGGUAGGAGAGAAAAGAGAGCAACAUGUCCUCAGAUAGUCGACUAUUGCACAUUUGAACCUCAAGCCGGAAAUCCAAACCAAAUUGUUCUCGGCCAAGUUACUUUCACGCAAUUCACCGAUUGCACUCUGAGAAUUACCGGUCAGUUCAAUACAAUUCAUGGAAGUUCAAAUGGCUAUCAUCUCCAUAUAGUUACAAGCCCCACUGCCCCUCCUACCGCCGAUCUGGACUCGAUUUUUGGGCCUCAAAUUGAUCAACCUUUUGAAAAAACUUUACCCGUUUCACCCAUCAUCCCUUUUACAAACUUUAAAAACUAUUUAUGUGUAGUGAAACUCCUUCCCGGCGGGCUUCUUGGAUCUACUCAGGUCAAGCAGGUCUAA